CCCAGACCCGACAGGUCUUCAGGGAAGAGGGGCUGAAUUCAGGGACUUCUCCGCGCGUAAUGACGCCUUUACUGGCUGCUCAUGGUUUCAGGACUGGAAUGAUGUGGGGACUGCGCGUGCUUUUAGGGUGAUUUUUGUUUUUAAAGGCAGCCCCCCAUCUCUGAAUGGACCAUGGAGAACCGUAACCUGCGUUCAUCCCGCACUUCUUCCACGAGCGAUAGUUUCCAAGAGGUCUCCGUGCGUCUUCAAAGAACUUCUCACUUUUCUGGCGACUCUUAGGAUAUGUUGUGCUUUGCUCGAACCCUUCGCACACACACUUGAGACAGGUUUUCCAGUAACAGUUAGACAUGCAGAGCCGUGGUGCGGUGAGAGGCUCGGCCGGUCUGUCGGCGGUGCGCUCCUGCUUGCUGCUGCUCUUCAUCCACAUGAGCGCACCGGUGGAGGCGAAGAGAGCGCCCGGCGGUCGGGCGCAAGCUCGGCGGGCGCAGCAGCAGCAGCAGCAGCCUGCGGUGAACAGGGAGCGGGUGGACGGAGCAGAGAGCUUCCCAUUAGACUUUACAGCCGUGGAGGGCAACAUGGACAGCUUCAUGGUGCAGAUAAAGAACUUGGCGCAGUCGCUGUACCCGUGUUCUGCGCAGAAGCUGGAUCAAGACAUGAAGCUGCACUUUUUGAAGAAUGUAUCUGUGACUUGCAAUGACGGGUCACCUGCGGGGUACUACAUCAAGGAGUCUAAAGGCAGCAAGAGGUGGCUGCUGUUCUUAGAAGGUGGAUGGUACUGUUUCAACAGGCAGACCUGUGACAGCAGGUACGAGACAAUGAGGAGACUGAUGAGCUCCACCAAGUGGCCGCGAACCAGAACAGGAACAGGAAUUCUGUCUCCUCAACCAGAGGAAAACCCUCACUGGUGGAACGCCAACAUGGUCUUCGUCCCGUACUGCUCCAGCGAUGUGUGGAGUGGAGCCACGCCGAAGACUGAUCACAGUGAUUAUGCAUUCAUGGGCUCUCUGAUCAUUAAGGAGGUGGUGAACGAGCUGCUGACAAAAGGUCUGGACAACGCCAAGGUCCUGCUCCUGGCAGGAAGCAGUGCGGGUGGUACAGGUGUCCUCCUGAACGUGGACCUCGUUGCAGAGCAGCUGGAGUCGCAGGGCCACCAAGGGGUGCAGGUCAGGGGUCUGGCUGACUCUGGGUGGUUCCUGGACAACAAACAGUACAAAUUCACAGACUGCCUGGAUACCAUCAGCUGUGCACCCACCGAGGCCAUAAAGAGAGGCAUCAGGUACUGGGGCGGCUUGGUGCCAGAGAGCUGCAGACAGGCUCAUGUGGGAGAGGAGUGGAACUGUUUCUUUGGGUAUAAAGUCUACCCCACGUUGAAAAGCCCGGUGUUUGUGGUGCAGUGGCUGUUUGACGAGGCCCAACUGACGGUCGACAACAUCCACCUGACCGGACAGCCCGUCCACGAGGGCCAGUGGAGGUACAUACAGAACCUGGGACAAGAGCUGAGGAGCACGCUACGAGACGUCCCGGCGAUGUUUGCUCCGGCCUGUCUGUCACAUGAGCUCAUCACUAGAACCCACUGGAUGGACAUUCAGGUGAAAGGCACCUCUCUGCCCCGAGCCCUCCACUGCUGGGACCGAAGCCUCCAGGACAGCAACCACAUCAACGGCAGCCACAGCAACCACAACCACCAAAAGCACAAGACCCCACCAGCGAGGGGUUGCCCCCGGCAUUUGAUCGACAGCUGCCCGUGGCCUCACUGCAAUCCCUCCUGCCCGACUAUUCGCGACCAGCUGACGGGACAGGAGAUGAGCGUGAUCCAGUUCCUGAAGCACAUGGGCUUUGACGUGCAGAAGAUGGCCCAGCAGCAGGGGAUGGACCCCAGGACACUACUGGGCAUGCUCAACAACGGGAACUGAGGUGCUUUUCUUUGAAGUGCAGCAAUGUUAUUGCCUGUGAGCCGUUCAGCAAAUGAAUGGAAGACAGCUGGAAGAUGAACUCGAAAGAGAAAACUGUCUACUUCCAAACAUCGCCUUCCAUAAACAACAAACAAGGCUCAGCUUUGAAAAACUGAACGACUCAAAAACUGAUGAGUUUUGAGACACUGUUGAGUCAAAUACAAUCAAACCACAACGUUUGAGCUGUUUAAACACAACAUAUGGGAUCACAUGCCCCUUGUUUUAACACAUAGACAGAUAUAUACUGUAGAUAUGCUUUUAUUGUGAGGUGUACACAAAUACUACGAAAGGUGGGUAUAGUGUGUAUAUAUACAGUAAAUAUGUACCGUUCAGUAUGUAUGUGAAGUUGAGACUGUCAUGGUGGUAAAAAAUCUAAAACAAAACCCAGAUUUAAAAAAGUUGGGACAUUGUGUAAAACCUAAAUAAAACCAAAUGCAAUCAUUUGCAAACAAACUGUAUUUACU